AUGCGUGACUAUAUCUUGCAGGUGAAACUCAAACGUGUCUAUGAUUUUAUUUCAAGGAAUUUAAAUAAACGAGGCAACAAUGAUCCAUCAAAUGAUUUUAAUCUCAAUGCAGAAACGGGAGAAAUCACAUUGAAAAGUACUUUAAAUUAUGAAGAGACUCCUGCCUAUGAAGUAAGGAUUCAAGCAACUGAUCAAGGCCUUUCUCCUCGUAGCACAAAUGCAAAACUGCUCAUAGAGGUAAUUGAUGUGAACGACAACGCCCCCGAAAUAAUGGUUACUUCGCUAAUGACACCAGUCAAGGAAAAUGCAGAAUUGGGGACAAUUGUUGCGUUGAUAACAGUAAGCGACAAGGAUGGUGGGAAUAAUGGCGUAACCAAUUGUAAGGUAGUUGGAUCUGUUCCAUUUAAGCUGAAAUCUAACUACAAAAAUGAUUAUUCAUUUGUAGUUGAUGGAGCACUAGACAGAGAAAACACAUCUAUUUACAAUGUCUCCAUUAUAGCCACAGAUGAAGGAAGUCCGCCUCUGUCGACGAGAAGGAUCAUUACUAUUCAUGUUUCUGAUGUUAAUGAUAACGCACCUCAUUUUAUGGAACCUGUUAUUAAUGUGUAUGUCAAAGAAAAUACUCCAACUGGAUAUUCUAUUUAUUCCAUAAAGGCAGUUGAUCCUGAUUUGGAUGUUAAUGCAAAAGUGUCAUACACAUUGUUAGAUAGUUAUCCAAGGAAUAUUCUAAUUUCAGCACUUAUUAACAUCAACCAAGAGAGUGGAGACAUUGUCAGUUUGCAAUCUUUUGAUUACGAGAAAUUAAAAACUUUUCAGUUCAAAGUUCAGGCCACAGACUCUGGUGUUCCUCCGCUCAGCAGUAACGUGACCGUCAAUGUGUUUAUCCUGGAUGAGAAUGACAACAGUCCCGCCAUUUUGGCUCCCUAUUCCGAGCACGGCUCCGUUAACAGUGAGAGCAUCCCCUAUUCUGCCGAAGCGGGAUACUUUGUGGCAAAGAUCAGGGCAGUGGAUGCAGACUCUGGAUACAAUGCACUGCUCUCUUAUCACCUGUCUGAGCCCAAAGGCAACAACAACCUGUUCCGGAUCGGAACCAGCACCGGGGAGAUUCGGACCAAGAGGCGAAUGAGCGACAAUGACCUGAAAAAAGCAGAACUGAUCAGUAUUAAUGGAGGCGACACCUUCACCAGGACUCAGACCCUUCCGAACACUGACAAGGUGCUGCUAUCAGUCGAGGUUGUGCACUUUAAGAUGAAGGCCUUGUGUGUUCCCUACUGGCUGUCUAUGGUCAUGUCUGCAUGCUGA